UGUCUCUUUCUUCGUUCUUCAUAUGUAAGUUUGUCUCUCUCUCUUUUCUUUAGGUGUUUAUUGGUAUUAAUGUCCGCAAGUGAUUCGUGUUCAUCGUCAAUGGAGGAAGAGCUUCAUGUUUUAGCAGUAGAUGAUAAUCUAAUUGAUCGUAAACUCGUUGAGAGAAUCCUCAAGAUCUCUUCUUGCAAAGUAACAACAGCAGAAAAUGGGCUUAGAGCAUUGGAGUACUUAGGCUUGGGAGGAGAUCCACAACAGAGUGAUCCAGUAACUUCCACCAAUGUAAUGAAGGUGAAUCUUAUCAUCACUGAUUAUUGUAUGCCAGGAAUGACAGGUUUUGAGCUGCUCAAGAAAGUGAAGCAGGAGUCAUCGAAACUAAAGGAAGUACCUGUUGUGAUACUCUCUUCAGAGAACAUUCCUACUCGCAUCAACAAAUGCUUAGCGAGCGGUGCACAAAUGUUUAUGCAGAAGCCGCUGAAAUUAUCGGAUGUAGAGAAGCUGAAGUGUCAUCUCCUAAACUGCAGAAUCUGAAGAUUUGCUUUGACUCGAAACAAAGCUUAUAGAAUUCUUUUCAGUUUUGUUUUUCUUUGAUAUAAGAAAAACUUAAGAUUAUUGUGUUCCUAAUCGAUGACAAAGGUCGUCGUGAUUAUAUAAAAACACUUCCUGUUCUUUUAACAAGACGAGAUAAAAGCCUAAUAAGGAUCUCUUUCAGUAAAUUGAUUUUUUGAAUU